AGCGCGCUGACACCAAUCGGCCACCGUAGCUUAGCAACCGAAUCAUAACAAUUCUUAUUCCGUUUAGAGUUUUCAUUUGAACAUUUAAAGCAGCUCAGACUUGCAGUUUAUCAGCAAGAGAGAAGACGCGAAAGAUGUCCAUCGUGAAAACCACCGUGAAUCUCCAGAGGAUUGACUGGCUGCUGCCGACAGGUGCAGUCAGUGUGCGGAUCGCCCCGGAAUACAUCCCCGGUCCAGUUGGCCGAGGACAAACCAGUUCCAGUGAUGCUGGCCGUCGGAAGAAGUGCCGCACCAGGCCGCCGGCAGCCAGCUCCCUGACCACGUCUGCCUCUCCUGGAUCUGCUGCCAUCCCGGUGGCAACCAGCAGGGGUCAGCAGGGCACAGGCCGCCGUAGAAAAACGGCGGGAGGCCGGUCAGGGCGAAGAAGGAGGUAUGACCAACAGAAGGGGUUAGAGCCUAAGCCCAGCUCACCAACCUUCUCCUCCUCUUCAUUUUUAUUUCCGUCUUCAGUCCCCUCCCCUUUUGUUUCAUCCCCAUUUCUUUUUAUGGGCUCCUCUGUUUUAUCCCCACACUUAGUCACACCUGUAAGCCCAGCUCCACAUCCAUUUUCAGCUCCAGGCAUGGUUCAUCUGACCCCUCUGCUUCAGGCUCCAGCACAGGCUGUAGCCGCCUCAUCUCACCUGGAAAAAUUCUAUUGGUUGUAUAACUAUUAUGUAACAAAGUACUCUAAAAUGACCUAUGACGCCAAGUGCUUUACUGAGUACUGGUGUCAGGAGUUUUGGAACAGACAUUUAAAUGAAAUUAACUUAGCGAAACAGGGGAAGAAUGAGGAUAAUGAGGGUACUCAUUCAACCAAGAGGCGUAGGAUUGAUGAAGAUGAGUUCAUCUUUCCUAUUGAUGCACUGGAGCAGCUAAGUACCAUGCCCAGGGCUCAGGAGAUGGGUGUGGAGAUGGGCUAUCAGUCAGAUGCACAUAGCUACAUUUCCCUGUAGAUUCAGCACAUAAUUACACGAGACUUGUCAUACGUACUUAGGAUAAGAUAAAAUUAGGAUAUGUUACCAUGUAGUUCUAUAGCAUAAGGUACUAUAGGAUAAGCUUAAGAUAGGAUAAGGUUAAGAUUGUAUAGAAUAAGAUAAAGAUAGGACAAGUUAAGAUAGUCUUAACUUGUAUGCCAUUUUAUGUUUUACAAAGACAUGAUAAAUUACCAUAAGUUUAGGAUAAGAUUAUAUGAGAUAACAUAGUAUAAGAAUAAGAUAGGAUUGCAUAGCAUAAGAUAAGAAAGAUAGGAUAAGAUAACAUAGAAUAAAAUUAAGAUAGGAUAGGUUACGGUAAGCUUAAGAUUGUAUAACAUAGGAUUAGAUUAAUUAUAAAUAAAGCAGUCCUCCUUAGAGGGGGGGUGGUGGAGGGAAUAUUUAAGAAAUAAAAAUAGGAUUAAUUAAGAUAAGGUUAAGAUAAGAUUGUAUAACAUAGGAUUAGAUUAAUUGUAAAUAAAGCAGUCCUCCUUAGAGGGGGGGUGGUGGAGGGAAUAUUUAAGAAAUAAAAAUAGGAUUAAUUAACAUAAGGUUAAGAUAAGAUUGUAUAACAUAGGAUUAGAUUAAUUGUAAAUAAAGCAGUCCUCCUCAGAGGGGGGGUGGUGGAGGGAAUAUUUAAGAAAUAAAAAUAGGAUUAAUUCAGAAGGUUAAGAUAAGAUUGUAUAACAUAGGAUUAGAUUAAUUAUAAAUAAAGCAGUCCUCCUUAGAGGGGGGGUGGUGGAGGGAAUAUUUAAGAAAUAAAAAUAGGAUUAAUUCAGAAGGUUAAGAUAAGAUUGUAUAACAUAGGAUUAGAUUAAUUGUAAAUAAAGCAGUCCUCCUUAGAGGGGGGGUGGUGGAGGGAAUAUUUAAGAAAUAAAAAUAGGAUCAGUUAACAUAAGGUAAAGAUAAGAUUGUAUAACAUAGGAUUAGAUUAAUUGUAAAUAAAGCAGUCCUCCUUAGAGGGGGGGUGGUGGAGGGAAUAUUUAAGAAAUAAAAAUAGGAUCAGUUAACAUAAGGUAAAGAUAAGAUUGUAUAACAUAGGAUUAGAUUAAUUGUAAAUAAAGCAGUCCUCCUUAGAGGGGGGGUGGUGGAGGGAAUAUUUAAGAAAUAAAAAUAGGAUCAGUUAACAUAAGGUUAAGAUUAGAUUGUAUAACAUAGGGGGGCGGCAUGGUGGUGCAGUGGUUAGCACUGCUGCCUCACACCUCUGGGACCCGGGUUCGAGUCUCCGCCUGGGUCACAUGUGUGUGGAGUUUGCAUGUUCUCCCCAUGUUGUCGUGGGGUUUCCUCCGGGUACUCUGGUUUCCCCCCACAGUCCAAAAACAUGCUGAGGCUAAUUGGCGUCGCUGGAUUGCCCAUAGGUGUGCAUGUGUGAGUGACUGGUGUGUGAGUGUGCCCUGCGAUGGGCUGGCCCCCCAUCCUGGGUUGUUCCCUGCCUCGUGCCCAUUGCUUCCGGGAUAGGCUCCGGACCCCCCGCGACCCAAUAGGAUAAGCGGUUUGGAAAAUGGAUGGAUGGAUGGAUGUAUAACAUAGGGCUACAGUGAAGAAAUCAAAAAUUUCAAGGCAGCAUGAAGGUAACGCACAAUCAGGGAUGUGCAAUUUCUGAGGCAUGUAUUCAAAAAAAGUAUUUUAAUUGUGUUUUAUCAUUCAUAUUUGACUUAGUUCAUGAAAUAAAAUGUUUUUUUCUACAGACUUUGAUCAGUGUUUUUGUAUUUUGUAAAAUACGAGAAAUACUGUAUGCAUGGUAAUGUCAGGUGUGCAAAAUGUUUGUGCUAACAAAGGACACAGAGCCCCUAGAAGGGCACAGAGCCAGGCUGAGCACCACAGCGCUAUCCAGCCCAUGGCUGCCGAUGGUCACAUUCCACCAGAACCCCCCCAACACUAACUCCCCAGGGAACUUCCAAGCAGCAGAGCAGAUUCCAACAACCGAGGAUCAAAGGAAAAGAAAAGAUACUGGCAGGAAGAAGAUGAUCUUGUGGCCAAAGGUUAAAAAUGUAGAAGUUUGGAGAACAAAUGUGUUACAAAUGAAAUAUUAUUUGAAAUGUGCUACAGCUUAAUCAUUCUAUCAUACAUCCAUCCAUCCAUUUUCCAAACCGGAGACUCGAACCUGGGUCCCAGAGGUGUGAGGCAACAGUGCUAACCACUGCACCACCAUGCCGGCCCACAAAUUUAAACAAAUUCAUUUUAAAUAACUUUAAUCUCAGAGCCAAUUGCCAUGUGCCCACAAAUAUUUCAAUUAUUAUUGUUUAUGAUUAUAAAUGCCGAAUACAUUCCUGGAGCCUUCGAUUUAGCAUACACAGUGCCCUCUACAGGAUUCUAUCGAAACAGCAUCUCUCAACCUCGUUCACAAGAUUUGUCUUUUUCACAAAACGUUUUUCUUUGUAAAUCCCAAAAUCUUCCUAUAAAUGUAUGUAUGAA